GACUGUUGACCUGCGCGGUGGCUGCCAGGAGACCACGGAUUUAUUCAAUGCAAACAACGCAAGACAGGCCGCUUCCCAAAUAAAUCUCCCGGGUCAGAGACAAAGGCGACACCAAUUGAACCCAAGGACCGAGUCUCUUCCAUCCCAGACCACUUCUUUCUACGUGGCGAACAGCUCUUAGAUGACACAUCCGGUAGUCGAGCUGUUCUCUCGAGCAUCUCUGCAGACUUCUCCAUCCUAACACAAUACAUCUCUUCUCGCAGUAGGAUGAGGGUUCGGAUCAGAGGCCCCUCGGGCAAAUCGAGUACAGCCAUGCUAGACGACAGCGCAACAAUAGAAACCCUAAAGAAGACCAUUACCACAGAGACGUCUCUAUCGUCGUUCGAAGUCAAAUAUGGCUAUCCGCCGAGGACGUUGGUGCUGGAUCAAUAUCCAACUUCCAAACUCUUGUCAGAUUUGGAGGUCAAACUCAAUGGUGAACAGCUCAUCGUCAAUAACCUCGAGCCAUCCAGUCGAAAAGAUACUACUCAAAAGCCUCAGACAUUCGAAUUCUCCGGCGCAGAGAAAGGAACCCCUAUCUUUGCAGCCGGUUCUUCGGGGGAUGACAGCUUACCUUUGGCAUCUUCAGGACAAGCAAAGGACCCGAAAAUGCAAAAACCCUCAUCUGCUCCCUUGUCGCUAUCCAGAAAGGAAAACAAAGAGAUGUCGGAUCCCCCCGAAAUCUUCAUCCCAGACCUAGGUGGCAGUUUGGUCUUGCGUAUCAUGCCAGACGACAACUCAUGCCUUUUCCGAGCAGUGGCAAGUGCAAUCAUGUCGAAUCUAGACACAAUGACGGAGUUGAGAUCAAUCAUCGCGCAGACUAUCCAGGCCAACCCGGAUAAAUACUCCAAAGCUGUCCUCGACAACAAAGAUCCCGACACGUAUUGCCGGUGGAUACAAAGUGAGAAUGCCUGGGGCGGACAAAUUGAGCUCGACAUCCUUAGCCAGCAGUUCGACGUCGAAAUUUGCAGCAUCGACGUCCAGACACUGAGGGUAGACAGAUACAACGAGGGUGCUCCGCGCAGGUGUUUUCUGGUCUACUCGGGUAUACAUUACGACAUUAUCGCCUUGAGCUUGUUUGGAAUGCCGCCAGAAGAUGAUGUGAAGCAAUUCGAACAGCCACUCUCAGACGAAGUUCUCCCGCAUGCGGUUGCUCUGUGCCAGAAACUUCAGGAAAGGCAUUAUUUCACGGAUACUGCUGGUUUCACACUCAGAUGCGGCGAUUGUGGGGCGACUUGUGUCGGCGAAGCUGGCGCUACCCAGCAUGCAGAAGCGACAGGACAUUACAAUUUUGGGGAAUCAUCAUAGCACCCUCGUCUUUGAUCUGUUACCCAGAACAAUACCCGCUUGUCAUACUUCGCAACGAUUGGUUCAUAGGCUGGUCAUGCGUUCGGUGGAAUGCAAAACCGGGCGGAUUUGGAGUGAAGAAUUGGAAGGAUCUUGGAUGUAUAUAUUUUCAGAUGCGGACUUGCAUCCAGCCGUCUGGCCGAAUAUAGACUGGCAGAGACACCGUACAGAACAUUCUUGCCUCGUCUAUCCUAUGGGCAUCCUUGCAGACUUUGCCAAGCCGAAUAUCAUCCACUUGGCCAACACCACUCCCCGGAUUACACUUGAUCAAACACGCUGUGGAGUCGCUGACUUGGGUGGACAGGCAGAAAGAUGCUCAUUACUUGCCUGUGUUCGCUUCUGAGACGAACUCAUUCUGCUGCCUUUCGUACGAGACUGCGCUCUCCGAUCACAGGUUCAGCCUACAAAGGAGGCGCGGAUCAAAU